AUGUGUGGCGAGCCAUUUGCUGUGGACAUUGAGGCAGUGGACGAGCAUGGCAACCGGUGUGCCAGGGGAAUGGUGGCGGCUACACCCACAGUGUGGCCUGAGGUCGUGGGGGGCACACCCGGGAAGACAGGUGCACUCGUCUUCUGCCCAGGGGAUUGGGAUUGCGCUUGGGAACAGACACAGUCGGGAGAGGAUUUCUUCCGCAUCACCUUGAGCAUCGCUGGGCCAGUGGGUCCAAUAAGACUCGUUGUUGGGGACGCUGAUGGAACAGGCGGCUCUAGUCUGCUUUUGAAGGACUCCCUUGAUGUGGACCUGCUGGCUGGGCCUCCUCACGAGCUCAUGGUCGAGGGGCCCAGACAAGUGCGCUGCUCAACACAAGGGGCCUUUGGGCCCCUCAAGAUCCGGCUGCUGGAUAAAUGGCAUAAUCAUGUGACUGACCACAAGCCAUUUGAGGUUGUGCUCAACCCCUUUGCGUUGGGCGGGGAAGAGGGGGGUCAAGCUGCUAAGGUGUCCGCAAAGAAGCACAGGGGCAAUCGCUUGACUAUGACCAAAGGAAUGGCAACAUGCGAGGAAGUGCAGCUGCAGGCUGCUGAACCGGGGCAGUACCGAGUCAGGGUUGCAUCAACGUCCAAGAGACUUGUCCUGAUGGAUGCCACGAUGGUGGUUCAGGCAGAGAAUACAAACCGUGUUGUUAGCUUGAAACUCUCUGAGCCAUCGUUUAAUCCAAACUGCGUUGCUGGCGGCUGCGCUGCACUGAAGGUUUUAGUUUCUACAGACGAUGGGGAGCCACUGCCACAGGAAGCUGCCAAUACAGGGCUCAGUCUCAUACUCACAGGGCCAGACGACGACACGAUGAGGCUACCACCCUUACCAGGCCACGCCCAGUCUUCCCAGCCCUCCCCGUCUGCAGCGGCCUUCAAGUUCCGGACUGAGAUGCUCAACGUUGCUGGGGCCUACAAGGCUGUUGCGGAGUAUGUGGAGAGCCGGGAGGCCCUUCUGCGGUUCAUAGGGUGUGAGAGGCUGCGGAAGGUGGAGAGCGUGGAGUGCACAUUUGAGAUCGGUGUGGGGCCGCCCAUGAGGGCAGAGGUGUACUGCGAUGGCAUGGAGCGGCGACUGGCUGACAGCCCGAGUGUAACGGGCAGCAAUGGGGAUGCGGUGGAAGACAGGCGUCUGUUGAGGAACGUCACUAUCGCAGUCCAUGACAGGUUCCGAAACCCCACCCCCACUACUGGGCUGGAUGUGUCCGUGCACCUUCAGAUGAAAGACAAUGUGCCCCCUGGCUGUGUCCUCCCAUCGCUAACGACCGACCCGUCGCAGUGCGCUGUGGCCACUGACCAGCAGGGUCGGAUAGAAUUAGGAGACCUGGUCCUUGAAGCUGGUUCUGGCAAAGUUCCAGAAGAUUCCGGGUCCAGCGCCUUAGAAUUGCGCCUGGUGUUUUCUGUGGGCGGUCUUCGGGACGACGAGGGCCGCAGGAUGCCUUUGACAGACGUAUUGGAGGUCAACGUGCUGUUUUCAGAUGGUGCAGCAUGCUCAUCGAUUUUGAGAUCCGCCUCUCAGAGAAUGCACGGGGUGGAGAAGCGGAAGGCGGAGCUGGACAAGCAGCUGAGGGCAGCUAAGAAUGCAGCAGAUAAAGCUAAGAAGCAACACCAGGGGACUGUCCGUGCUGUGGAGCAUGAACGGCAGGGCAUCCAUGGCACAGUCCCAGCAUCCAUUUCAGAACUCAGGAUGCAUCUUGAUAGCUUGGCUGAUCGUUGGAACAGGCAGCAAGCUUCACAACCAGCAUUGGAUGCUGCAUUCGGCGACCCCCGGGAUCCCCAGACAGUUGCAGUGCAGCACUGCCUGCUUGCACGGGACCCCGACGUUGUGGGUGUCUUUGCACAGCUGGGGACUGUCACAGAUCAGCGACUGGCGGCAGUGCUCGCGGCCGCCUGCGGCAAGAGCCUUCGGAUCCUGGUGGUCCGGAACUUCCAGUGCCACGAGCGGCUGAUCGCUGAGCUGGACAAGCAAUGCCUUGGGGUGCCUGCGAUGCUCCCCAUGGACGGGGUGCGCAAAUUUGACACUGAGCAGCGGGAGGCCCAGCUACAGAUGCAGAUGACUAACCAGAGCGCUCUGUCUGCAAAGCUGCAUGAGGAUGCCUGCGCGGGUGCUGACGAGCCGCUGGCCCUGCUGCUGCCACACACACUGGCGGCAAUGAAGAGGCGGAAGGGUGAGACGUCCAGCUAUAAGCUCCCCCCUACUUCCUACCCAGACGGCUUUGUGGGCUUCAUGUGCAACUUGAUCCGGCCUGCAGUGCAGGGCCACCGAUCUUCCGUGUUCUGGAGCAUGCUUAACAGGAAUGCUGUCUUCGAAACAAUGAAGCAGGCCCAUGCCUACCGACGCUACGUGACUCAAACAUUGAAGCUCCCUGUCCCUAUGACUGUCUUCACUCUGGAUGGCAAGAAGUUGGAUAGUAGGGGCGUAAUAGAGGGAAGCGACUGGAAAGUGCAGCCACUCAAGGAUGCCAGGCUGCGUUUUGGCACAACGCCUCCCCAACAGUCUGUGGAUGUCUUGAUGGCGACCCAGCAUCUGGGCGAGCUCCGCCGGCUGCUUGCGGCGAUGGAAGAGGAAGAGCAGGCAGGGAAUGAGGCAGCGGCAGCGGCCAAGGCCCACCAAGACCUUCGGGAAGAGGUGCAAAGGGUGAAGGAGGAACUGGCCACAGAAAGGGACAAACUCAAGCAGCACCUCAAGAUUGAGAAGUCCAGGUGA